GGCCCAGGGCGGCGCGCGGCAGUGAAAGAGCUCGAGGGCGAAACCCACGUUUUAGUCUGUCGCGUGUGUCGGUACGGCGCAUAUAGUAUCACUUCGCCCUCGCCGCUGAGAGCUCUCGGUGCUUGUGAUCGGGGGUGAGAGAUGCCGUGAGAGAAGAGGAGGCGCACGCGAAAGAUCGUGCGCGAAUCCCGCGAGAUCGUUCGCGAGACGAUGACGAGGACGGGACGAGAUGUUGUUGUCGUCGAUCGUCGCGGAUCACCGCGUAAAUCCCUCUCGUAAAACCCACGUCGGAUUUAAUCGGGACAUUUCCGACAUUAACGACGAGAGACGAGAGACGUAGCUCGAGUACAAAUUAUAAUAUUCGUCUCGUUGUAAAAAUUGUCCGCGGUUCGCGAAGUCUCCCGAGUCGCUGAGAUCUCCAGCCUCCAAUCGAAAAGUAUCGCCGGUUCAACGCAAAAAAAAGGUGUAUGCGCGAUAUCCUAUUAACGCUACGUCCGAUUAGAAUAUGUCGCACGAGUCUUUGAAAAAGCACACGAGGGGAAAAGGUCGAGCACGCUGCGACGAUCGCACCGCUCCGGUGCCCGAGAGAUGACUAUACUACUGCCGAGAAAACGAUAAGCCUAUUAUCAGCCAGCUUUAAGUGACGCGAGAUUGAUCGCGUAAAAAUAACCAGCGCGCGGCACAAAAAGAGAAAAAAAAACGUGGCGGGAAUGCGCGCCAAGUACACCUUGCGACUGCGGCGAUUAUAUCGGUACACCUAUCGUCCCACCUGCGGGCCGUGACUCGAGGUUGACUUCCGGUCUCGCGGUAUGCGUCUCGCGUGGCCUCGCUACGCGUCGCGGAUCGGAAAUGAUCGCGUCGAGUGACGACCGAGUCGAUUGGCGAGCGAGUUGUCCGUAAUAAGAUCAGAUGAUGACGGAUUCCCCGACACCAUCGACCAGCAGACAUCACGACGAUAAAUGCGACAAGCCCGAGAAAACCGAUAGGACGGUGUUCCUGCAAAUCCAGGACAUAAACAGCCAGGUAGCGCAAUUUCGGGAUUUACUCAUUAAUAUCGGACAACCGCGCGAUUGUCCGGAACUACGGGAGAAAAUACGAAGGCUACGUCGUAACUGUGUGGAGGCUUGCAAGAGCACCUCUCAACUGGUACUGCCGCAUGUGCAGAGCGCUAUGGACGUUGGAAUACCAGUGGAUAGUCCAAAUUUAGUGUUAUUAUUUUACGUGGUACAACUAUUUCUACGCGAGCUACACAAGAGCAAGAAUCUUAUACGAAUCGUACCCAUGGACAUGUCCGGAUAUUACGAGAGCCGCGCUGGUCCCUCGUAUAUCGGCAAUGUGGUCUCGCAGAUCCUCCUGUGCAAACAGAUCAGGCCGGAUUUCAACGAGGAGGAACUCUGCAGCAUCCGAAAGGACUCGGAAGAGAUCGGUCAGCUGAUAUCGGAGCUACAAGAAUUCAUGCCCCAAUCCGAGGCUGACACGGAAAAACCUGUGGCCCUUCAUAGCACUGGGAACAAAAUCAAUCGGAACAACGGAACACGAAGAAUGCACCGAUGGAGCAGCAACAGAGAUCGACAAUCGUCCUAUUUCCGCAGCGGCUUUAGAUUUUUGUGCUGUGCCGCGAGCACAAAUUAUGUUUAACGUAUAAUUCGUUUUUAUCGAUUUAAAGAUACGAUAUUUUCGAUUAUAUGUGUAUGAAAAUAAUUAUUGCGCACCGAUACUUUUGCAAUGAUUCCGACUAUAUUUCGUAAAAUAACGUUGACAGGUAUCUUAGCUCGUAAACGUAUGAGAGGAAAGUUUAAUUUAUAAAGUACUUCAAGUAUUCUGUAUCUAAUUAUGUGAUAAUUUAUUCCAGCCGGAACUCAAAGUCUCUCUUAUCCAAACUUUGAUAUAUUACGUCUUUACUUUUACCGUAAUUUUUGUUCGGUAAAACUUUUAAUGUUACGCGCGUUUAUUUAUCGCAAUUUUUUAAUUUUACGACGUCAUCCUCCAAUUUAUUAUUAACAUGCUCAUCUGUCUUAGAUUAUUUUUUUUUUUUACGGAAAACAGCGGAUAACGAUAAAAUGUCAACAAUAAUGCCGGAAGACACGUGGAAGCCUAACCGAGGCCUAAACUUAUCCUACUUGAGAAAUAUCCUCGAAACAAACUUUUAAUCACAUAGCUGGUGACAAUCAAAGAGCAGGAGCUCGAAACUCUAAUACCGAAAAUUAUUAAGAAGUCGCACCAUAAUGAAGACGAGUAAUGGACGACGAGGAUAAAGAAGAGGGAAUUUCAGCCUCACUUUUUACACCUCUCAGCAAGAAUUCUAGUGGCACUCGAUACCCUUUUCAUUUUUUUGAACGCCCUCCUAUACUCUUCUCAGAAUUUCCAAGUCGCGGAACAAAAGGCGCUCUGGCAUUAUGAGGGGAGAAACCCUUUAUUCAAGUUCGCUAAAAUCCUUUAAUUAAUCCUACUGAUACAUUGUUUCAAAUCUAAUUUGGGUGUGUGUGUGGUGUUUGUAUGUGUAUGUGUGUGUCUGUAUGUCUGAGUCCCUUCCCAAAUCAUAUUCCUUGAGAAUUCCUUGAGAAUUAACGUCAAUUUUCCCAAUUUAUCGCGUUUAAAUCUUUCAACGCAUGUAUUAAUUUUAAUCAAAGGUUUCGACUCGAAAUACUCAUACUCGUAAUCAAAGUUAGUUAAUAUUAAUCUAAUCAAGUCUAAGUCUUUAAAUUCUAUAUGAAAAAUCUAGACGAAUAUAUUAUAUAUGAAAUAUAGAGAGAAUCGUCAGAAUAAUGUGUCUAUGUCAAAGCGGUAGAUACAUAUUGUGGAACAAUUAUGUCCUAGCAUAUUUACAAGUGAGUGGACCAACCUCGAUCUAUUUAUAACGCGCGAUGGGCACACACGCAAUGUAGUCUUCUAGUAUGCGCGUUUCGCAUAUAUAAUAUAGGAUGUCCCAAAACGACGCGAAUGUUCUUCUAGUAACAAAUUCUCUUUGACCGAUUCGGAAACGAUUUUUCCUUGGCUGAAAUAUCGGGGUAUCAAUAAUUUUCUAAUUAUAAACGAUUAAAAAAAAGGGCUUUUUCACAAGAUAAAUCUUGUAGAAUCAAAAGAUUAAUAUUACAGAACAACUUUUCAGUUAAUUAUAGCUGGGAUUUAAAGAAUCUUAAUAUUUUAGACUUAGUUUAAGAUAUAUGACGGAGAAAAAUGAUGACCUUCUUCGAUAUUUUUGCUAAAGAAACACCGACUCCAAAUUAGUCAGUGCUAUUAAAAGGACAUCUGGUCUUUUACGUAUAGGGCAUCCUACACAUAUAGGUACUAGAGAUUAUUUACAAAGCAAUACGUAGAUAUACGCACACGCGCGCGCACAUAUAUCUACACCUACACACACACAGACACACGUACACAUGUGCAAGACGUACGCAAAACUUGCGUGUUGCGUGAUCAUGAUUUUAAUCCUAAACAAAAUCGAUAUUAUAAAAGUAAAAUAUGGUAAAAAAUGCUCUUAAAUUGUAAUAAUAAUUAUUUUUAUCUCCAGCGAUUCUCUCGCAUAAAUAAAGCGCGUUAUCGUUUUUGGAUUAAUAAUCAUAUUAUAAUCAUAUGAUAAAAAAUAUUAUUAGCAAACAUAGAGGAAAAAAGAGAAUUAAUAGCCUCUAAGGCCGGUAUUCAUUUAAAUUAAUCAAUGGCUGCAUUGUAGUUAUUUGAUUGGUUGAAUGAGUUCUUAAGAUGAUCUUAAGGCCCGGUUCCACAACGCGAGUUAAUCCGAGUUUAAUACGUUAAACUGGGUCCUGAUUGGUCCAUUCACUCCUUAAACUCGGAUUAACUGGAUUGUGGAACCGGGCCUAAAUGUAAGACCGGACUAUGAAUACCGGUCUAAGAACAUUACAACACACACACAUAGACACAAUUGUAAUUUAUGAUCGUGCGUAUAAU